CUAUCAGAAGAGUGACACGCCAUUCAGUCAGUGCUCGGCCCUGUGCACGAACAGCGGGCAAGCUUUCCGUUGUCUCACAGAGAAACAGAAGAAAAUUCGACACGUAUUUUUUUAAGUUGUUGUUAACAGCUGUUAUCUGAAUUUCGACGAGUAAAGUUUGCACCAUGGGAAUCCGAAAAAAGAACACCAAGUCUCCGCCGGUGAUGAGCCAUGAGUUUGUGAUCCAGAACCAUGCAGAUAUUGUUUCCUGUGUUGCUAUGGUGUUUCUUCUGGGGCUGAUGUUUGAGGUCACCUCAAAGUUUGCAGUGUUAUUCGUAACUGUCCAGUACAACGUCACCAUAUCAACAAGCGCAGAAGGCCCAGAGGAGACCACUGUAAACCACUUCCACCAAGGCAUCAAGGACUUGGCUACAAUCUUCUUCUACAUGCUAGUGGCCAUCAUCAUGCACGCCAUCCUCCAGGAGUACGUGCUGGAUAAAUUUAACAGGAAGAAGCAUUUCUCUAAAACUAAGCACAGCAAGUUUAAUGAGUCGGGCCAGCUCACCGCCUUCUACUUCUUCUCCUUCAGCUGGGGCCUCAGUAUCUUGCUGUCUGAAAAUUUCCUGUCCAACCCUGUCUCCCUGUGGGAGGGUUAUCCACACACUCUGAUGCCUUUCCAGAUGAAGUUCUACUACAUAUGCCAGCUGGGCUACUGGUUGCAUGCUCUCCCAGAGCUGUACUUCCAAAAGACAAAGAAGGAGGAUAUUCCUCGUCAGCUUGUGUACAUCUUCUUGUAUCUGGUCCACAUUGCUGGAGCCUACAUCCUCAAUUUGAACCGCUUGGGUCUGGUCCUGCUGGUGUUGCACUACUUUGUGGAGCUGCUCUUCCACGUUUCACGCCUGAACUAUUUCAGCAAUGAAAACAGGCAAAUGGGCUUCACCAUAUGGGCCGUGCUGUUCGUCCUUGGCCGACUGCUCACUCUGUCUUUAUCUGUCCUCACUGUGGGUUUUGGCCUUGCCACAGCUGGGCAGCAAGGCCUUGAUUUGGCUGCAGGAAACUUUAAUAUUUUCUUUGUUCGGAUAACCGUUCUGGCCGCUAUCUGCCUCACUCAGGCCUUCAUGAUGUGGAAAUUCAUCAACUUUCAGUUGCGCCGGUGGAGGGAGCAUGCCCAGAUUCAGACCUUGAAAAAGAAACAAGUGCCUUCCAAGAGCAAAUCAAAGAAAGACAAGGCCAACGGAGUAAACGGAGUGAAUUCCCACGGAGCCGAUUCGCCACGGGCCAAGAAAGAAAAGUCCUCAUAAAUACAUUCCCAGCAUUCCCCUCUCUCCGAGUGCCUCAGCGGCCGUGUCCAACCAACACCUCGUCCAGCUCAAACGUGUGUGUUUUCAGCUCCCACAGAAUUGACCCAACCCAGCUGGACUUCUGAGGCCACAACACAUGAAGCUUUGCUUUCUGUCAAUCAUUCAGCACGCUUUGAUUCCAACUCAUUGCUCUGCCAUCGUGAAUGAAGAAAUCAAAUCCAGAAAUAAACUAAAAAAAAAGGGACCAUAUUCAAGAAGUGCCUAUUGAUCGGGAUUGCUUUCCAUGAGGUGUGCGAUUGUUUUUACAUUUCACAAACGUCACCUGCAGUGUUAAAUGUUCCAGUUUCCAUCAACUCUGCUUAUUCUGGCUUCACAUGUUUGUUUUGCCUUUGUUCCCAGUGCAUAUUUAUAACUGCUAAGAUUCACCUUUUCAUGAGUUCCUGUUGAUCUUGAGGGAUUUUUUGUAAACAUCACAAUUUAGGAAUUUCUUUUUAACAUCUUUGCUUUCCAGACAUUCAGCCUUGUAAUAAUGUCCAUCUUUUGAUGGAUGAUUUCCAGCUACAAUAUUCAUACUCGCGCUGCAAAAAUGGAAAAAUCCUAUUCUGUAGAUGUCUAAUUUCUAGCCAAAAUAUCUUAUUACACUUGCUGUGAAACAAUCACUUAACAAGUAAAAUUUAAGUUGCAUAUUGACUUGUUUUUUUUUUGUUGUUUUUUUUAGAAAAUGUUCUUAAAAAUCUUGUUCAGUGAACAUAUUGCUUGAGUCAUAUUUGAUGCAAAAGCUUUUCUUUUUUUAACUUAAGGAAGUGUUGCAUCUUUUAUCAAUAACAGCGGUUUAAAAAUGUUAUGGUGAGUCAGAAAAGCUUGUUUCAUAUGAGAUGACUCCAAACAAGAUUGUUUUACUUAAGAUUUUUAGGAUGUGUAUCUAAAGUCAUAUCUUCCCAAAAUUUUGCUUGGCAAGUGAUUUUUUUUAUAUUAAGAGUAAUUAGGUAUUCAAGUACAAAUUAAGACAAUUACAUUUGGUCAGAUUUUUCUUUUUGGCGUGCUUUUUCUUUUUGGUGGGGGGGAGGGUUUUUUAUACAUAUAUAUAUAUAUAUAUAUAUAUAUUCCCCUACGUUUCUCAAGUGAUUGAUGUCUUAAUGUUUUCAUGGCAGACACGGAGUUGUAAAUAAAAUCUACUCAGAAGUGCUGCCAAUUUUCAAAGUGUCACCUACCUUUUUUUUUUUUUUUUUUUUUAAACCAUCUUGUCAAUCACAGUAGAGUAGAAUUCAUCAUAAAAAAUAUUUGGCAGUUUGGGUUGGAAAAAUUUAAUUUUGAUCAUUUGGUGUAAUGUAACUGAUUAGGAAAGUAACUUUUGUUUGUUUUAAUGUCUGUAUGGUUCCUCAUUGUGUGAUGGUUUAACAUUAUUUGGCCUUGCAUUGAUGAUCAAUGAGAAGCAUACAGUGAAUUUUUUUCUUUUCUUUCCCCUUUCUGACUCUGUGAAAUGAAAAUGAGCCUGAGCGACUUUUUUGCUUUUUGCUAAAAUGUUAUGAAUAUUUAGAAAGGUGUGGAGGGCAAUUGGCUCUAUGUUGUAAUUACCACUUUGGUAACACUGGUUUAUUAAAAAAAAAAGUUAACUAAUUUUAGGUACAAUGCAGCGAGUCAGUGUGGCCUACAGCAGUACAUCAGCAUUGUUUUGUUUUUUGUUUUCCCCUCUUGCCCAGAUGGUUUAUUUAUCCUGCAGAGGAAUAAAGUGUUUUACUG